CAUAAUACUGUGGAUAAGUGAAAUGUGUUUUUAUUGUGAAAUUUUAGAAAGACUUUUCUCACUUUUCAGUAAUUCCAAUUAAAGCCGAGACAUUUGGGAAACUUCCCCGAAACUAUUGUUAUUCAAGUUUUAAAAUGGCAUCAUCAUUAGAGUAUAAUGAAGUAAUCUUAAGAAGUGAAAUUGGAAUGGAAGUACUCGUUUCAAAAGAGCAGGCGGUAGAAGCUAGUCCUGUGAUUAGAGAAAUGUUAGAAAACUCCGUGAUGUUUCCAUACUGUAUGGUAACGCUAAGUGAAAACACAGAAAAUAUUAUCCAAAUAAAAGAAUUUAUGACAACAAAAAAUCCGCAUUUAACAUCUAUUGAAAAUGCUUUCGAAUUGUACAAGUUAAGUAAAAAAUAUUCCAUGAAAGAAUUGCGGACAUUCUGUACUACAUACUUAAAAAACAAUAUAACUGCUUCCACAGCGUGUACAAUUUACGAUUUCGCUUGCGAAGAGAAAGAUCGAUAUAUUCAAUUUUACUGUUGGAUCGCAUUCGACGAUUACUGCGAUCAAAUUCUGGAAUCCCAAGAUUUCUAUCGAUGCCAGAGGACUACUAUUAAAAGAUUCGUUAGUCGUCCAAUAUAUAGAACCUUAAAAGAAAUAACACUAUUUCGAGCUCUAUACAAAUGGGCUGAGGUAAAGCUGGAUUCGAUAGAAUUCAUGAAUUCAUCUGCAAUCGAUCGCGGUCGAAAAGUUCGCCAGUAUUUAUCGCCCUUCAUUAAUAAAAUUCGUUUCUUAACCAUGAACUUCGAUGAAUUACAAGAGGUUAGAAACUUAAAUAUUCUGUUUCCAGAAGAAAUUCAAUUUCUUUAUGCAUUUCAGAAAGGUGGAGAUUUAUCGGGUUUACCAGACACAAUUUGUCCAAUAACUACGAAAAGAAUUAAACAGGAUCAUUGGAGAUUGAUCGAUUAUAAGUAUCGAUAUCAAUUAAAUCAGCGUUUUAACUAUUGGUCAGUUUUAAGACAGGACUUGAUUUGUCGUUUCACUCCGAGAGAAAAUUGUUAUUUAAAAACGUUGAUUCUUCCUGUUUCGUUGUAUUGUUUCAGUAUACCCGUGAGAACAACGAUACAAGUGGGGACAUAUACUGUUAAGGAUAAUGAAAUCUGCAAUUGUUCUUUGGUUGGAGAAAUUGCAUUUGAGGAACCCAUUUACGUGCCUAAAAAUGUAGAAGCGUGCGUAAUUUGUAAAAUAGAUGACGAACAACACAAAUUGAUAAAAGACAAACAUAAUUUGAAAUGGGAUUAUUAUAUAAUGAAUUCUAAAUAUAAGGAAAUGGGAAGAAAGAAAAACAAUAGGUUAAAUUAUUAUAUAAAAGUUGGUGUAUAUUUUUAAUAAUAAUCUGAAAUAUUUUAACUAUAUUUUAUUUUAUUUACAUGUAUACAUGUCUUAAAAAUUUCGACUAUGUAAAGAAUUACCUUGUUUUUGUUUUCUUGAAUAUCAUUGA